AUGUCCCAUAAUUUUUUUAUAAUAUGUGCUAAUAGUUUAUAUUGUUUACGAGAAACAAAUAAAUAUGAUAAAACAACAUCACAUUUUGAUAUUCUUAUUCAAAUAGUUCUAUCAUUAUCAGGUUCACCAUUACAAUUAACAAUAAUUUUUGUUUAUAUUGUUAAAAUGACUUCAUUAACAAUUUCGACUGUUGUCAAAAGUGAUUAUAAUACAGUUAGCGAUCUUUACGAAAAUUAUUUAUUGUCGGAAGGAAAUAUUGCUACUAAACAAGAAUAUGCUCUAAAAUUUCAAGAAGAAUUAGCAAAGCAUAAUACUGCAGAAGAAAGUGUUCUUUAUCCAGCAUUUGAACAAUAUCUUGGUUCAGAAGGAAAAAAAAUAGCUGAUCAAGAUCGAAAAGAACUUCAGACAGUUAAACAACUUUUGUCUCAACUUGUAUCAAUAUCUGUAUCUGAUCCACAACAUUGUGUUAUAUUUGAUAAACUUAUGACUAAAUUAAAUGAACAUGUGAAACGUGAAGAAACAAAUGAUUUACCUAAAUUUGAAAACGCCAAAACACCUGAUUUAAGUGCAUCAUUGGCUUAUUCAUUUCGACAAGCAAAAUUAUCCAUACCUGUCUAG